AUGCCCCAACCCCCCAAAGUCACCUCCGUGACCCCGCUCCCCACCUCAGAAGCCAAAUGGAUCGAGUUCCAAAAAAUCACCUGGUCGGACCAAACGGGCAAAUCGCGCGUCUGGGAAGCCGCGAGCCGCAAGACGCGCGGCGCCGCGGGCGUCGACGCCGUCGCCAUCAGCACCAUCCUCCGGCACCCCGCGCGACCGCCCAGCACGCUCAUCAUCCUGCAGUACAGACCGGCGGUGGACGCCGUGUGUGUUGAGUUCCCCGCGGGGCUGGUCGAUGCGGAGGAGACGCCCGAGGAGGCGAGCGUGAGGGAGUUGCAUGAGGAGACGGGGUAUAAGGGGAAACUGAGGUAUAUUAGUCCGACGGUGGUGAGUGAUCCCGGGAUGAGCACGGCGAAUAUGCAACUUGCGGUUGUGGAGGUGGAGUUGAAGGAGGGGGAUGCGCCGCCGGAUCAGGCGUUGGAUGCGGGCGAGUUUAUCGAGCUCGUGGUUGUGCCGUUGGCGGAGCUGUUUCAGAGGCUGGAGCAGUAUAGUAAGGAGGGGAAGAGGGUGGAUGCGAGGUUGUGGCAUUGGGCGGCCGGGUUAGAGUUUGCGAGGACGAUGCUCUAG